AUGAGCUGUGGUUGUGACGUUCAGUUUUUAAUUUUGAUGAUUUUAAAUUUUGACCGGGAGAGUCCUAAACAUUUGCCGAGAACGACUUCCAAAAAUAUUGCUUAUGUUUGUAAUGAAUUUCGGGCCAGUUUGACAUCAAAAUCGAGAAGUUAUCCCAACUUGGCAGGAUCAUCCAAAGCUUUCUAUUUCAAUUUCAAUAUCACCGGUAGACCAGAAAAACCUUGUGCAACUGUUUCAUUCAUAAUUUGA